CUCGAUUGAAAUAUGGCGACUGCGAUUUGAAAUCACAAAAUAUUUUUUUUAACUUCAAAAAAAGGUACCGAGGUAAAAUUGAAAAUAUUGUAAGAAGGUUUUAUGUUAAAAUUCAAGCGUCUAAUUUUAGCGGCCAUAAAGUUCCAGGAGCAGAGGACCACUCUUGUAUCUUCAGUACAUAUUAUUCGACGGACUUGCUCUUCCGUAGUGUCUUCUGACGAAUUUUUGGAUAAAAUGUCUGGAAAAUCCAUGCCAAAAUGGAUACAGCCCAAAGGGAAUGGGGAACUUAAACUUUACAACAGUCUCACUCGUGAGAAGGUGAGAAUUUUUCCUUUCAUAGUAUUUUUGUUGUUAAUUUUUCGGUAUAUGAACAAUCCAUGUUUAAUCAUCGAAAUCUGAUGCAAUUAUUUCUGUGAUGGAAUCAGCCAAUCGCAAUUAGAUACGUCUUUUACAAAUUAUGUCCUUGUCAAAGAGAGUCACUCUUACUAGUCCUAGAUAUUUUGUGUCCUCAUUUAUUACAAAUCUUUUAUUUACAGAUAGCUUUACAAUAUAUUAAUUCUUUUGAUGAACGAAAUUUUUCCUUAGCUCGUUUCCGGAAGAAUCGAUAUUUCAUUUUUCUUAAAAAAAAAAUAAUACAAAACAACUUUGGACACAGAAGAAAAAUUAAUUUCAAGUUAAAACUUGCUGAAAGCAAAAAGGUAACCAUUUUUCAACUGAUGACUGAGUUUAUUUUAUGCCCAUCCCAAGUGUUAACAGACAUACCUACUCAGUAGGGGCUCUGAGAAUUCUGAGUUCUUUCCAGCCUUAACCCUUAAUAAUCUAAAAUCAGUAUGCAUAUUUCCCAUACUGUUCUCUAAACAUCUCCUAGGAUGCUGACAUGGAGAAUCUGUUCAACAAUCAAGAGCUUCUUUAGUUGGUGAUCAGCUCCUUUAUUCUCCUGACAUUAAUGUUUGAUUCAGGGGUGAUAUGGUGCGGAGAAUUUAGAUGCCUGUUACUCUUUGGGGUUAAAGGGUUAAGGUGAAGUGAUGGGAAUUUAGUAAAUGAGCUUGCAGCAUGAUGUGAAUGAGUGGUCAAGAUGUAAGGCUCACAAUCUAGGGGUUUAGGGUUCAAGUCCCACUCUGAUGGCCAUGCAGGGUCAGGUUGUUCCAAAGCGGUUAAACAUCAAUACUGGGAUAAAUGCAUACAAAACCUAUAUGUUACCAUGACAUUGAAACCAGGGUUAGAGCUAAUCAUGCUUUGCACAGUAGCCCAGGUGGAUUUGUCUCAGAGCAGUACUGAAUUCAAAUCCUUGCCUAGGAUUGAAAAUAAAUAAAGGGGGUAAGUUUCUAAAGAAACUGUGGUUCUGCGUUGGUAGGAGAGUAUAACAGGGUAAUUUAGUAUUAACUGAGUUGGGAAUUGGGUGAUGAGAAAACAAGAAUAAAUUUAACUAAUUAAUUCUUGUUUUCUCAUCACCAUUUUCCCACCAAUAGUGUAGCUCCAUUUUCUUAAUAUAAACCCACACACAACCCACAAUUCCUCUAAUUACUCUUACGAAGGGCUAAUGCUCUAAACAUCAGCCUUUAAACUCUUUACAGUGGCAAUUUACAUUUUCAACUCAGUUGAUAACAUUAAAUUACCCUAAAAUUGAAAAUAGCCAACUCAUUUGCCUCCUCCCUGUUGGGUUUGUAAUUAUAUUGUGAUUGAUUUGGAUUAUGAUAUUAAGUUUAUCAUUGCUUUUACUACUGUUGACUUUUUUCCUCUAUAAAUAGAACCUAUUACUAGUGACUGUAUAUUUUCAUUUAUUUAUUUAUUUAUUUAUUUAUUUCUGCCUGCUAGAAUGUGUUUGUACCACAGAAAGGCAGAAGAGUGUUUUGGUACAGUUGUGGGCCUACAGUGUACGAUGCAUCUCACAUGGGACAUGCAAGGUACAAGCUUAAAUAUAUUCAUGGUCUUAAACAAAAUAUCAUUGAAUUUCUAUGUUGAGCUGAGAAAAUUCUUUUGUGAAAAAUAAUAUCUUUGAGGUUUAAUUGUAAAUCCAGAUUUUCAUUGUACAGGGCUGGACAUAGAAAUGAUAUUUUUAUGGUCUACUUCUUGUUGUACAUUAUUUCUGGUUUCCUCUAAUGGAUAAUGAAAGUUUUGUUUAUUAAAAUAUAUCACUGAAAUAUUAAUGGUAGGGAAAUUUAUAACAGAUUUCUAGCACAGUGAUCAGCUGCGCAUAAACUCAACUCAGGGAAAUAACCUUUAACUCUUUAACUCCCUAUAUCUGAUUGCUUAUUCUCCCCUCUAGCUUAUGCACAUUUCCUUGUAAAUAAAUAACCAGAAUUUGGCAUUAAAUCAACAACUUCUACCUGAUAAGUUUGAGUAUUCCCAUUACCUGUUUGCUGGAUAAUGUGUGGAUAUUUUAGGGAGAGGUUACUGGUUAAUCACUUCUGGGAGUUAAAGGGUUAACCAUUAAAAAAUGAAGGAAUUACUGUCAGACUCUGAAAACCAUUUAACUAUGGACUGUCUGGAAUUUUCAUAAUGGAAGAUUAUUUUACAUGGGGCAUCUAUCUGAGCAAACUAUAAACCACAAAUUAAUAGCAUUUCUGCACCUGAUUGACUUGCAUUGUUCACCACAGUCAUAUAUUUGAAAUAUUUCCAAUGUCCAUGGUUCUCUGAAUCUUAAAUACAAUUUUUACAAAUUUUCUGGUAAUAUUACUUUCAUUUUUCUCUUCCAUAUUUCAGGUCUUACAUCACUUUUGACAUUUUACGAAGAGUACUUCAAUCUUACUUUAACUACGAUGUGUUUUAUGUGAUGAAUAUAACAGACAUUGAUGACAAGGUACCUGGUUUUUUAAAAUUUUUUAAUGCAGCUGAUUUAUCAAUUUGCUGCAAAAUGUUUUCUCUUGCCCUUUGGAUAGUUGUAGUGGUCCUUAAAAAUAUUCUGCUAGAUUGUUCACACAACUGCAUAAUUUGCAAACGUUCCUCUGUGUGGAUUUGGUGAAUGACUUGAUUAAAAACUCUUAAACUGGAAAGAAUAUUUUUUUCUUCAGCAGUGAACUCCUCUUUUUCCCAACCAAUGAUGUUGAUUUUUGAUAGUUUGUAUAAUUAUAUUAUUUUAGUUUAAGUUAUUUGUGGUUAAAAUGAAUUCAUACUAAUAUUAUCUCAGUGAGGUGUUUUUGUUUAAGGAUUAAUGUAAUUGAGAAAAAAUAAUACAAAUUAAACUAGUUGGAAACCAAUUGUAACCUUACAGAUUAUCUUCAGAGCAAGGCGAAACCACCUGUUAGAGAAGUAUGUUGAGGAGGCAAACCCUCCAGACAAAAUAUUAGAUGAUGUGAACUCUGCAUUGGGGGUAUGUUUGGUAGCUUAGAGUGAACUAAGGAAUAGCUGUGAAACUGAAAUUUAAGCCCUAAGAAAUCUUAUGCGUGUAUAAUUUUCCUUAAUUUUCUCAUCAUGUUUGUACAAAUUUAAAGUUCAAUAUCUGUAGCACUAUACUCCGUACCACUGCCAUUAUUUUAUUACCAUUUCUGUUGCUAUGCUCUAAAAAUCAUUCCCUGCAUAAUGCACCACAAAAAAUUGCUAAAAUUCUAAAACCUAAAAUCCUGAAUGUUUUUAUUUCUAAAAUAAUAAUCCCAGUUUUGAAAAUAUUUGCAUGUAUUUGUGUUAUAAUGAUUAUUUAAACCCCUCCCUUUUAGGAUUGGCACAGGAUCUUGUUUCUGUUUGUUUUCCUUUUUUGUACAGUUCAUUACAAAGUUCUGCAUAAUUUGAUUGUUUUAGCCGUGUAACUUAAUGCUUGUUCAUUUGGUACUUACGUGUAACUUAAAUAAGUUUUCCUUUACUUCCAGCCAUAUUCUGCCAAAAUGGACAGUACCACAGAUGCAGACAAGAAAAAUAUGUAUUUUAAAAUUAUUGUAAGUUGUGUCAUUUAUUUUGUAGAAUUUGAUGUACAGAAUUUUGCUAAUGUUAAUUCUUUUGAAAUGCUUCUGAAUUAGAAGAUGAAAUUAUAAUUUUUUUAGGCCUGAGUGGUAUUUUUUUCUUCAAGGAAAAAGUGAAAUUGUGUCAUUCAAGAUUAAAAGAACUACUAACAACAAACAGCAGCUCUGAUGAAGUUGUCAGAUCAGCAACUCAGGUGAAUUUGUGAUAACUUUAUUUUUUUGAGGGUGGUCCAGCAUAGGUUACCCCCCCCCUCCCCCACAGUAUUUUGUCAGGCUUCAGAUCACUGGUACCUACUUAUAUACUUGUGGGUGGAAAUUCAGUGGUACAGUGAGAGUGAAAUGUCUUGUCUAAGAAAUCGAAAGAAUGACCUGGCCAGGUCUCGAAUGUGGACCUCUUGACUUGGAGUCCAUCAUGCUGACAGACAGUUCUCCUGGUCUCUUUUUUUCAAAACUGUUAGCAUAAAUGGAUCAAAACCAGGGAUCAAUAAUCAUGUGUACAAUGUGAUCAUCUGAAGAAAAGUAGUUCUGAGAGGGAUUGAUAUCAGUAAGAGUGACUAGGGUUUCAACAACCCUCUAAAGUGGAAGUAAAAGAUUCCUCACUAGUUCCCUGUUACCAACUUCCCUUGCAAACAUACAAUUUAACAGAACACUUAAUGGUUAUCUUUUUUUUACUUGACCUAGGGCUUAGUAUAGAAUUAAAUAACAACAGCAUGGGUUAUACACAGGCUGUCCAACAGGCUGCCCAGUAGGAACUGAACACUAAAUAGAUAUUAAAUUUACAUAACACUUUAAAAUUAGUUGGAAUUUUUUUCUUUAUUAUUUGACACAGGAGUUGUUGCGUCAGGCAAGUGAACCUCUAUCAGCCUGGCUAGACUCUCAAGUAAGAUACUCUUUUUGACAGUGGCUUGUAAUUGUUAAAUUUCAAUAUGAGAUUUUUUAAGCUUUCUAACAAGUGGUAUUUCUUCCUUUUUCCCAGUUUGGAUCAGAUGUGACAGACCACAGAAUAUUUGCAAAGCUCACCCAGCACUGGGAGGAUGAAUUUCACAAAGACAUGGAAGCUCUUAAUGUACGUCAAACUUUUCCAUGCAAAAGUUCAUCAAGAAUUUGCUGCUUGCGAGGAACAUUCUUUGUUCAUUUGAAUUAUAAUUGAAAUUUGGAGUAGUUAGUAAAAAAUUUUGUCAAAGCUUCCAACUCAACAAAGGCGCCAUAUUUGAUAAUCUGAAAUCUUGAAAUGGUUGCCAGACCUAAACAUUUAUUUUCCAUGAAACGGGAAAGAAAGGCUUAUUACACUUUCAUCCUUUAACUCCCAAGAUCUCCCACACCCUCUUUGAAAAUAAAUUAUAGGAAUGUGGUGUUAAAUCAAGGUAACAACUUCUAUCUGAUAAGUUUGAGUAUUGUCAUCACCUGUUUACUGGAUUGUGUAUAGAUAUUGUUGGGAAAAGUUGCAUGUUAAUCACUUGUGGGAGUUAAAUGGUUUACUGUGGACCAUAAUAAGAGCAUGUCACCUUGCUACAUGACUGUUGAAUUGACUUUUGAAUCGCUAACUUUGUGGUUAAUUUUUUUUGGUACUUUUUAUGGCAAAUGAAAUGGUCACCAUUUGGGAGGUUGCUAGAAGUAUUGAUUAAAAUAUUUUUAUUUUUCUUUCAGAUCCUUCCAGUGGACUGUUUAACACGAAUCACACAGUAUGUGCCUGAGGUGGUAACAUUCAUUCAAAGAGUUAUGGACAAUGGAUAUGCGUAAGUUUGCUUUCAUUGGCAGAAUAGCUUUUCAAAGUAGGUGGCUCCCCCUUAAAACUCAGAUUAAUUGUAAAAAAGGAAGAAAGAAAGUUAAGCAAGGGUGGUGAAGCAGAUGGUGAUCUUCACUGGCAGCUGCCCAGAAGUUUGGAACAAGUGAGGAAAGAAUGACAAGAGUCCCUUACAAGGCUUAAAAUUUUUGCAGCAAGAGUUCUCCUGGUGUAACAUUACUGUUUUUGCUAAAGAAAUUUUUAAAUUAUCAAAUUGAGUUAAUUUUAAUUUUUGAAACUUGUUGUAGGCAACAAGAAACUUAAGUUUGCAAUAUCAUGUCAGGUGCAAUACUCAAAUUUGAAAAUAUCCCAUUUAUAUAAAAGGAAUUUUACUCACUGAAUUAAAAUCAAUCCUUUAAUCAUCGUUGAUCCCAGUUGUUUUUUCCCUCUUGUGCUCUCUGCAGUUUCUGUGCCUUGUCUUCUCAGUAUGCUCCAGCCUUGUGUGCCCCAGUAGCAUAAAGUUAAACACACUUAGUGUGUAGUACACACAAAGGUGGUCUCCCCAACUCAGGUUGACCCUAACAUCUGUCUUAUUUUACUUCAGGUAUGAAUCAAAUGGCUCUGUAUAUUUUGACACCAUCAAGUUUGGCUCUGGUGGUAAGCAUGCAUACGCAAGGUUGGUACCUGAAGCAGUUGGUGAUCUGGACGCAUUGGCAGAGGGAGAAGGUACAACUUUAAUUUGUACUUAAGAGAUAGGCAAAAGAUGCAAAUCAAUGCCAAACAAGUCUGUCAUCAUAAAAUUUAAUGAGUGAAUAAAAAUUUUAAAAUUUGAUUCAUAUUGGGGGAAUUGUUAUCCCCUGAUUCCUUUCCAAUUGAAAUAUUUGGAGUGUUAAUUUGUGUGAAAGAAUGAAAAAAAAAAAAAGAAAAUGAACCCUGAAGGAAAACUCAUGGAGUUAGGAGAAGGAUCAAUUUAAAAAAGGCAGACCUUGUGGGCUUGUGAAUCUAGGUUCAGAAAUUUGAGUGAGGGCAUAGCAUUGGAAGGCAAGCACCUCCAACAUUAUGCCUGCAUCCUAUAUCCUCUUCAUCCCCUGACUACUUUGUGUUUCUAUUUGUGAUUAGGAGAACUAAGUCAAAACCCAGGAGACAAGAAAUCUGAACGCGACUUUGCACUGUGGAAAGCCAGUAAACCAGGUGAACCUGCUUGGGACUCUCCUUGGGGAAAGGUAACCAUUGAUGGGAACAAGGGUUUUUCUUAAUAUUAUACCCACAGAUUCUUGCUACAACUGGAAAUAAACUAUUUUUUUGUAAACACUUUUUCAACUACCAUUCAUUAGUGUCUGAACUUAGGGUUAAUUCAGGAAGAAUUCAAUUUCCUGUAGUUGAUAAUUAAUAAUUGAUUUUUGCUAUAGGGCCGACCAGGAUGGCAUGUAGAAUGUUCUGUGAUGGCAAGGUUUGUUACUAGUUUAAGAUAAUACAUCAUUUUUUCCUCUUGAUAUCUGUAAUCCAUCUUCAAAUUGAUAAAUGUAUUUAUUUUGAUAGUGAAUUGGGAUGAAGUGGCCAGGGUAGCUAAUAAUUUCAAACAACGAAAUGAUCUCAAGAAGUGAACUGCAAUUUAAGAGAGGGAGAUUCCUUAACAGGGUGCAAAGGACUCAAUGAUAUUUCCCUGCUCCCAAAAUGACUUCAUAGCUCAGUUUGUAGUGGUACCCACAUACUUUCAACCUUUCAACCUGCCUUGGGAGCAAAAAUUGUGUUCGAAUGCAUAUGCCCCACCCAAUUUUUUGUUGUAAAAAGGCAAAAUCAGCAACCAUGACUUUCUACACAUUCACUAAGCUUUUGAACUUACACCUUUACACCUUUUCCUCUUGAACAUUGGCAUGCAAAAGUGAACUAUUUGCCCUUAAACACCUCCAUUUUUAAGAUAUAACAUGUUCCAUUUGUUCCAUUGGAAAGACUUGACAUUUCCAGUUCAAAUUCCCCACCAUAGCCAGGCAAGAUUCAAAUCCUGUACCCAUCAGGUACAGAAAAUUAAGCCUUGAAAAAUGACCAGCAUGGAAGGAAAUAGUUGAACAUGCAGGCUGAAAAAUUGAAUGAGAUAAUUUGUUAUCAAUGAUUUUGUCUUUGUCUCUUUCAGUGAGGUUUUAGGUAGCUCCAUUGACAUUCACACAGGUGGAGUGGAUUUGAAAUUUCCUCAUCAUGACAAUGAGCUGGCACAGUCUGAGGUAAAUAUGAUAUCCUAAGUCUUGUACUACUGGAAAAAGGGCUAAUAGUCAGAUCUUGAGGGUGCAAGCUUGGUGUGAAGGUUCAAUAUGUGCCGGAUCUCUGCAUUGAGGAGAUCAACUAAUCAGUCAUACCUUGAUGACAGUGUUAGCAAAGACCAAAAACAAAAACUCCUUGUGUUUCUUACAGGAAAAGGUUAUUAACUACAGUGAUUUGAAUCACAACUGAAAAUAUGAAAUUAUAUUUUAGAUAAAAUGGAGCAGAACAUGGUUGUUAAAUUAAAAUUAUUCGUGGAAAUUUAGCUGUGGGUGGAAAGAGUUGCCAAGGUAGAUUUGGUACACCAUGCCCAGAGGCACAUUUCUAUAAAAAUUAAUUAGGUGGUUAAAGAAAUGAUUUUUUGCCAUCUUCAUAAAUAAUCAGUUUUCAUGAUUAAUGUUGAUCUGAACAGAGUAGAUCUUUUUAAUGAGUAAUGAUAAAACAGGUCACCUUGCAAUAGUGACUUCUUCAAAAUUUUUCUUCAGGCACAUUAUGGUGUGUGCCAGUGGAUACAUUAUUUCCUCCAUGCUGGUCAUUUAACUAUCGAAGGAUGUAAAAUGUCCAAGUCUCUGAAGAAUUUCAUCACAAUCAAGGUACAUUUUCCUGUCCAAUUUUUUUCUUUGUCAGUUGUUAAGUUUAACACUGUCAGGAGGUUGUAUUGUAAACAGGGUUUGUGUGGCCAUGGUAACUUGAAAAGUCAUGAAUUUUUGUGGUAUGUUCCAGGUCUUGAAAGUCAUGAAGUGUGUGUCUUGGUAAUGGAAAGUCAAGAAUAAUAACCUAGGAGGAUUUUUUUCUCCAAAUUAAACAAGAAAUUCUCAAGGAAAUGCUUAUGUUCUUCUUAUGUUAAAACAAACCUCAGCAUUACACUUCACAGAAAAGUUUGAAAAAGUCACUGAAUUUUGUAAGCUCCAAAGGGUGUAAACCUUGUAUGAAAAAAAACAUUUUAAUAAAGAGUCUGACUCAUUGAAUCUUUCAUUCAUCUCUCUGGCAUUUUCAGGAAGCAUUGGCAAGAAAUUCUGCCAGACAAAUCAGACUUGCCUUCCUUCUCCAUGCCUGGAAUGCUACUCUGGACUACAGCGAGAAUGUGCUUCGUGAAGCUGAACAGACCGACAAGCUAUUUAACGUGAGUCUAGGCGGGUAUUUUUGAAACCCUAAUCCUUUAACUCCCAAGAUCGUAUUGUUAAUUCUCCCCUCUGGCUGCAACACAUUUCUUUGUAAGUUAGUUACGAGAAUUUGGUGUUCGAUCAAGAUAACAACUGUUACCUGAUAAGUUUGAGGUUUCUCAUCACUUGGUUACUGAAUAAUGUAUCGAUGUUGUAAGGAGAAGUAACAUGCUAAUCACUUCUGGGAGUUGAAGGGCUAAUAUUAUCUCAUAUUGGGUGACGUGUACAUCAAGUUGAGUUUCUCGCACAAAUUAAGUAAGUGGCCUUUACAGCAGAAACUUAUCUUUGUUUCUAUAGCAUCCAGUGGCUAGGUGUAUUGCUUCUUGGCCUGUGCAACUGUUCAGUAAUAGAUCACAGAUGACGUCAAAAUGUGAUAAGAUCAAAAAGGUGGCACAGGAGGCGAGUGUGUCACUGAUGUUCUUACCACAGUUUGACGUCUUUUGUAAAGUCAUUUUUAACUGAACAGACUCGCAGCAACAAAAACUGUCAAUGAUGACGUCAUUUGUGUGUCUGUCCUCCAACAGAACAUGCGUAAGAACCAUUCAAAAUGCGUGCGUAAUUCAGCUUAUUAUAAGGUUAACCCCAGCGAUAUAUCUCUUUCCUGGACAGUUGGCUGUUGUCUAUGUAGUCUACGUAUACUCCUGAGUAAACAGAGGCACUGUGAGAGUAAAGUGUUUUGCCCAGAACACAGCACACUGACUCCCAGGGCUUUAGCUUGACCUCAUAUUCGCAGAUCCUGCUCUCCAUUUAUGAGACCACUCAGUCUCUCACCUGUGAUUGUCUAAAAACCAUUGUUGUUCUUGUCUCGCUUUUCAGGAUUUCUUCUUGAACGUAAAGGAUAUUCUUAGGAGACCAGAGGACACAACACCAUCAGCGCACAACUAUCAUGAGUUGGAGAAAGAUCUCCAGGACAAGUAUGGAUCACUCUGCUUUCCAGUUCUCGCAUGGAUCUAUUAAGGAAUUCUUUCUUCUAACUAUCUAUUUCUUAUACAUAUGCCUUUUAAGGGAGGCAAACAUCACCGUGUCGCAGUCAAGUUCAUCCAUUCCCAUUUCCUGUCUGCUGGCCAGAUGUAUUAAUGAUGUAAAAAAAAAAGUUUUAAGUUGAAUUGAUGAAUCAAUAUUGGUUUUUAUGGGUUCCGCAGUAACUAGCUGAAUGCAAAAAUCUGCAGUGUCCUUUUAAUGCUUAACAAGCAAAAUGAGAGACGGGAAUGGGCGGGAGAGGGGGGGGUGAUGGUUUUAAACUUUCAUAUCUCAAGGGAGGGGAGGUAUAGGUGUGAGCCAUCAAGUUGUAACCAAAGGGAAAUCAAAAUCUGGUUGUGGGGGUAUUAAUCAGUUCCGUUAUUUUGUAAUUUGUUUCCAGGUUCCUCGGUAAAAAGGCGGCAGUCCAUGAAGCUCUCUGUGGUUAGUGUAAAUAUAAUUUUCCCCUUACAUCCUGAAAGUUGUGGUAUCACAUUGAACUGAUUAAUGACAUGUAAGAUUUAUACAAUUGCAAUGGGACGUUUGCAAAUUUGAAGGACGAGAGUUGUCUCUUCAUUUAAACGUAGUGAUUUGUUUCCCUGCUUGCAUGUGGGAUUAACAUACGUCUGCCCCCGAUUUACUCCUACCUGCGGCUUCACUCUGUUUAUAUUUUAAGAAAAAAUUCUGUGGACUGCAGUAAAAAACCGUGAAUCUUCUUGAGACGUGAUGAAUAUUGAGCACCUAAUAAUAAAUCAUCACUUUCUUCCCAAACUUUCAUGACUGUUAUCGAGAGCUGGCGUUACUCUUUGUGGGUGCUUGCGUGACGUCUUUUGACAGCUUACGUGAGUUCCCUGGGACAUAUUUCAUUCCUGUUUUUGUGUUUUUGUUGUUGUUUCUAGAUUCAAUCGACACACCCAGUGCACUUCGACACAUGCAAGAACUUGUGAAACUAACGAACAUCUACAUUAGUGGCAAAAAGGAGAAAAAAGAAUCUUCAAAUCACCAGCUCUUGGAAGGAAUUGCUAAGUAUCUGACUCACAUGCUAAAGGUUUGUACCCCAUAAAUGUAGCAUCAGUGUUUGGUAUCGACUGAUUCUUCUUAUCGAAUCUUAUUCAAGGUAUCGUUAAAAAAAAAUCCGUGCUAAUAAAUGGUGCGAAACCUUUUUGAUUCAGAUUUUUGGAGCAAUCGAUGAGGAACAAGCCAUUGGUUUUCCAGUCGCUGGAAAAUCUGCUGCAGCUAAUGUAAGAUAUCUUUCUAUUACAUAUUUUUUAUGUGUUUGAUUAUUUAUUGGUACAUUUAAUUUAAAUUUCUUGUGCUCUAGUUGCAAUAAGGAAGUUAUGUCAGUGAAAUGGUUGUUGUUGAAAGGGGCAGACUAGAAGGUUCCAUUGGGCUUUUCAGCAGUAGUUCAGGGAUUUUAGUUUUCACGGUCUACUUUUUGGCCAAUUUAUUUUCCUUUUUUCCGUUAUAUUUUUAUUCACGUUGUGGGGUUUCCGUAAACGGUCGUAAGUGACCGUUUAGAACUCGAAGAAGGCUCGGUGAAAAGUUUUAAUUGCGACAAACUCGCUAUUGCAUCUGAUUAUCCGAAGAACUCCUGCUAAAAUCUUUGCCUCUUUAGUUUCAACUUUAUGGAACAAGUUUCAAUAAUUUCAUGAUUAUUGCCAGUAAAAUUCACCGACUGUCAAGUCAAAUUUCGUUUUUUUUUAUUAUUAUUAUUCAAUUGAGAUCAGCAUGGUUAACUUAAACAAGAAUUUUUAUUUCUAUUUCAGCAUGAAGAAGUUGCCAUGCCGUAUGUUCAGCUACUUGCUGAUUUUAGAGAACAAGUCAGGAAUGUUGCGCGGGACGAAAAAGGUGAAACUAAGUAAUUAACGGCGAGAGAGGAUAAAUAAAUUAUCCUCUCUUGAUGCCGGUUAAAAGUCUGGUCUGCCUGUGCAGUUCUUAACUUUGGGUAACUAAACAAAAGGACACAGACCAUGCCAACAAAAUUUUUUGAAAAUUGGUUGGAAAAGUAAGGUCAAAUAUUUUUAGAAACUUGGAAAAUAUGGAAGAUCGAAUCGUGGCUCUGAAAAUUUUCUUUGUGCCUUCGUUGCUUCACUGUGAAAUAAUUGUGUGAAAGUAGAGUUUAACGUACAUUUUGUGGAAGUCCUCAACAACUGGCAAUUUUUUUUCUAGUGACUAAAAUCCUUCAAGCAUGUGACAGGUUAAGAGAUGACAGUUUGCCAGAACUCGGAGUGAAGCUUGAAGACGUGGAAGGUGAGUUAAAACGCGUUCUUUCUUCUGAUUGACAUUAAUGGAUGCCGGUCAGUUACUUCCGGCUGUUUAAACGUAUUCGACCCUGUUAUGAAUAAGCAAUGGUUACUUUUCUGUCCUCAAGGUGACCACGCAGUGAUAAAGUUUGUGGACAAAGAAACGUUAUUGAAGGAAAAACAGCAACAGUUAGAGGUAUAUUUUUGAUCUGUCCCUUCAUAUGUCCGUUUAUGUAACUGUUGUGUAUAUUUGCUUGUUGCUUAUUCCGCGAGGUUUUACAUUUUUUUGUUAGGAACAAGAGAAGAAGCGGAAACAGAAGGAGGAAGCCAAAAAGAAGUUGGAAGCGGAAAAGGUUUGACCGGUGACAUUGUGUUUUGUUCUUGGGCACGACACUUCUUUUCAAACAAUUCACUCGCUCGCCUUCCUUGGAAAUUUAUCUUACAAGAGCAAAUUUACGCUACCCCGAUGCAUCUAACUUGCCGUGGCAUAAUUUUCCCAUCAGUCGCUCAGCUUUGUCGCUCAGCUUUGGAAAAAGCCUCAAGAGCUUCUUUGUGCUUUUCACUCCGAAAUUUAUUUAGUUCAUUCAUUCAUUGAUGUUCCUUUUUUUCAGGCUGCAAAGGAAGCCAAAGCUAGAAUUCCCCCGUGGGAAAUGUUUAAACACGAAACAGACAAGUAUUCUAAAUUUGAUGAACAGGUAAGAGACCCUAUUUUAGGUACACCGAUACCUUUAUGGUGUUCUAAUGCAAUUUGAGUUCGGGCUACCGUCUCUAAAUUUAUGUCUAAGCUUAAGUUUCUAAAUAUCGGAUAGAAAUGGUUUAUUAACUAUGUUUGAUGCUAAUCGCCUAGAUUUUACCGUUUCAGCGGAAUUUCAGCGUUCAUCAAAACUAGUCAUCUACCAAGACAACCAAUUGAUUUGCGCAGUUUUGCUGACAUUAUUCAAAAUGAUGUGGUUGUUGCCUGGGAACUGUUAUGGAGUAUUUAGGCACAAUAUAGUUAAGCAGUAGAGGACUUUUUUUCCGUGUUUGAAUAGCUUCUUUGAAAUGUUAUCCAAAAAUAAUAAUAAUAACAAUGACAAAUUAGAAAAAUAUGCGCGUCUUAAACGUGACACAGUGUCAACAUACUCUUAUCUAAGACACACCUAUUCACCAAUGAGAUCCCUUCCAUUACCUUACCUGGUAACAGUUCGCCUCUUGUGACUCUGGCUUUACACACUGGUCGAAUAUCAUUAUCCUUCAGAUGUAGGAGUAAUAACGACUCCGUUAGUCUUAGAUGUUUUUUAUCUUGCUUCACAGGGAGUUCCUACCCAUGAUCAUACGGGAGAGCCACUGAGUGGCAAACUGAUCAAAAAAUUGAAGAAAAUGUACCAGCAACAAGAGAAACUGUAUAAUUCUGUUGGGGCUGGCCAGGCAGCAAAUGGUUCCACAGAAAACUAACGUGACACUAAAAUUUAACUGAAUUGUAAGACCUAGUGAUACAAUUGAAAUAAAAGGCAUAAUGAGUUUUGAGUUUGAACUUUAGUGCUUCAAGACCUUUUGGGUUUGAAGUUAGUAAAUUGUACUCUCUACUAAGGGCCGUUUAUUUCCCAGAUUCAAGACCCGAUACGUUCAUAUUUUUUAAUUUGCAAUUCUUGUUAUUUUUAAAGGGCACGAUUAGCUUGAAUGUCGAUGUGAGUUUCAAAUUCAGACACAUUCAAGUGAAAAGCCAUAUGAAAAAGUGGCGAAAUAUGCUAGAAAAUUCCUUCAAUUUCUUAGUCUGUCGACGUAGUUAAUGCGUGAAUUCUCUACGGUAAAUUAUAUAUUGCAUGCAAGGCUAAGCAUUGGUAUGCAGGUAUGAGAACAUGUAGGAGGGGUCUGUUCUUCGCAUUAACUUCGCUUGUUCUUCAUUUUAUCCAACUCCACAGCUGCCAGAAUCAACACAGCGAUCAAAACGUCUGUAAAAGGUAACCUAAGUAGGGAAAAGAAAAACUCUCGACUUUUUGUACACAGCUUAUUUGAUUACAUCUUUCCCGCUGAUUUAGUAUUUUCUUUUAAGCUUCACCAGAAAAGUUAUACGAAUAUCGAACACCGCGACUUGCUCGUUCAUGUGGUGGUUUGUUCAUAUGUCAAUGUGGUUUGGACACCCUUAAACCACGUCACGAAGCUGGCCUCGUCGCAAGCCUGUGCGCCAGCUUCUACAACGUUCGCACAUGCACAGACGUUUGAUCGCUGUAAAAUCCAAAUUAAUCCUUUAAACCUUAAGAUUGACAAGCAUUUAAUUUCUCCCUACAGUAACACUGCUGAAUCAUUCACUAAGAU